UUUUACAUGGUGCAAGAAGAAGAAGAUGUGAGAUCAUAGUUGUCAUAAGGCCCGCUCCGCAACUGUGUUUGUGAUGUGGGACUGUGGAGUGAGCGCCUAGGAACCAGGAACAAUAACAAUCAUUACAGCUAUGGUUCGUGUAGUUUUUCUACACCCUGACUUGGGGAUUGGAGGUGCAGAGCGUUUGGUUGUAGAUGCAGCUUUGGCUCUGAAACGAAAAGGACAUGAAGUUCAGUUUUUCACAGCCCAUCAUGACUCAAGUCAUUGCUUCCCAGAAACACGUGAUGGUCAGCUAAAAGUGACUUGUGUUGGUGACUGGCUUCCUCGAUCAAUCUUUGGGAAAUUAGCAGCGUUUUGGGCAUAUGUUCGUAUGGUGUAUGUUGCACUUUAUCUAGUACUGCUAAGUGGUGUAUCAUAUGAUGUUGUAUUUGUUGACCAAGUAUCUGCUUGCAUUCCAUUUUUACGUUUGAAACAUGCUAAGGUUAUAUUUUAUUGCCACUUCCCUGAUCAACUUUUAACCCAAAGGAAAUCCUUGCUUAAGAAAAUAUAUAGGUAUGUUUUGGACAACCUGGAAGAAAGAACCACCAGCAGUGCCGACUGUGUACUUGUCAACAGUCAUUUUACUGCAGGUGUAUAUCUUGAAACUUUCAGAUCGAUUAAAGUGUCGCCAUCAGUUCUGCACCCUUCAUUGGAUUUUGAGAAUUUUGAUAAAUUUUCUGACAUCACUUGCAAAGAUGUGAAUAUUGAUGUUCCAGGGGAAUGCUUAUUUCUUUCUUUAAACAGAUAUGAGCGCAAGAAGAAUCUUGGGUUGGCAUUGGAAUCUUUAAAGGUAUUAUUUGAUAGACUUGAUGAAAGUGAGAGAGCUAACAUUCAUCUGAUCAUGGCUGGUGGAUAUGAUGAUCGUGUUCAGGAAAAUAUUGAGCACUAUAAAGAAUUAUUGUCUGUGGCAAAAAUUUUAGGGAUAUCUGACAAAGUAACUUUCCUGAAGUCUCCUUCAGAUAAAGAGAAGAUAGCUUUACUGAGAGCUGCAAGGUGUUUAAUUUAUACACCAGAUAAGGAGCAUUUUGGCAUUGUGCCUAUUGAAUCUAUGUAUGUAGGGACCCCAGUUAUUGCAGUUGAAAGUGGUGGACCAAAAGAAACUAUUGUCAAUGGAGUGACUGGAUUUUUGUGUAGUCAGACCCCUGAGGACUUUGCUGAAGCCAUGUAUACAUUAGUGAAAGAUAGUAGCAAAAAACAAUCAAUGGGCAAAUUGGGACAUGAUCGUGUAGUUAGUCAUUUCUCUUUUGCAAAAUUUUCAGAGCAUUUGGAUUAUAUAGUACAAGGUUUAAUGGAUGAAAGAAAACAAAGAUAAUACCACAUAAUUUUUUAAGUGUUUCAAGGCUGUUGUAUGAUUAUAAGGAAUAUAAUGGUUUUAUAUUAAAGAUAAAAGAAAAAUAUUCCUUUUAAUU